AUGAGCGAUUGGUUGCAAUGCUGGAAUCCUAUUUUUAGCAGGGAUAAAAAGCUGGCUCAAGAACGAUUCUCCCUGGCCUCUUUCUUACUUUGGUUCAUUUGGAAGGCACGUAACGAUUUGAUUUUCAACAAUAAGCAAUGGUCACCACAGCAAGUUAUUUCCAUGGCUGAGAAAGCUCAUCAAGAAUUCUCUUCAGUGGUUUGCAAACCUCCCUCAGUCUCUAUUGAAGUUGAAGAGAGAAAUUUUCCUUCCUCCCAUUCUUGGACUUCCCCUAAUGAGCCUUUCCUUAAAAUCAACUGUGAUGCAGCAUGGGUUAAAAAUUCUGGUAAAGGAGGUUUAGGGGUCAUCAUCAGGGAUCAUCGGGGGAUUCUUAUACAUGCAUUUUCUUCAGGUACCUCCUGUGAUUCUAGUCUUUACGCUGAAGCGCUUGCUAUUAGAACGGGUCUUCUUCAAGCGGCUAAACUCCAUUUAUCUCAUAUUGUGGUGGAGUCGGAUUGCUUAAGCCUGAUUCAACAACUGAAUUCAAGAAGCUUCGACUAUGAAAUUGAUGCUGUGGGCUUUGAUAUUCUUCAGCUUCAAAGCUCUUUUGUUGACUGUCUUUUUUGCUUUAUUCCAAGAUCGUCUAAUGUGGUUGCAGACUCCUUGGCCCGGUCGGCCCUGUCGGUUGAGUCAUCGAUGGAUUGGCCAGUUUCCACUCUGUGGCUUCUAAAUCUCUGUGAGAAAGAGGCCACUGCUUGUAAUGACUCUGGUUUUCAAUGA